AUGACCAAGGACUAUCCCAACCCCUUGGGGGGCGGCCGCGCGUCACCCAAGAAGCCGGGUAGCCCGGGCCCGGCGGCAGCGGUGCUGGAAGAGCAGAGGCGAGAGCUGGAAAAGCUGCGGGCCGAGCUGGAGGCGGAGCGGGCGCGCGGGCGGGCGGAACGGCGGCGCUUCGCAGCCCAGGAGCGCCAGCUGCGAGAGGCAGGCGAGCGGGAGCGGCAGCAGCUGGCGGACCACCUGCGCUCCAAGUGGGAGGCGCAGCGCUGCCGGGAGCUGCGGCAGCUGCAGGAGGCAGUGCUGCGGGAGCGCGAGGCCGAGAUCCGGCAGCUGCUGCGCUGGAAGGAGGCCGAGAUGCGGCAGCUGCAGCAGGUGCUGCAUCGCGAGCGCGACGGUGUGGUGCGCCAGGCCCGGGAGCUGCAGCGCCAGCUGGCCGAGGAGCUGGUGAACCGCGGCCACUGCCGCCGCGCGGGGGCGCCCGAGGCGGCGGCCGCACAGUGCGGUUGUCGCUUGCAAGACGUGUUGGCGCAGCUGCGCUGGGAGACCGACGGCGAGCAGGCCGCGCGCAUCCGCCACCUGCAGGCGGAGCUCGACGUGUCGCGCCAACUCUUCCUCAAGUACAUCCUGGAGCACUUCCGCUGGCGCCCCGCUUUGUCAGCGCCACCCGAACCCCGGGCCGUGCAUGUCUCGGAAGAGCCGCAGCCCGAGGCCGCCAGCCGCCGCCCAGAGCCAACCUGUCGACGAGGAUCACUUCACAGCUUGAGCACCGGCACCCGCGUGCGCUCCCGCUCCCUUGACUUGGCGCGCACUGCACGCUCCAGCUCCUCCGGUGGCCUGCUCCCCACGCGCGCCAGCUCCGUAGACUCCUUGUCCCCCGCGCAGUCCGGCUCCCUCGACAGCACCUGGAGUCGUCCCAAGGACUCCAAACCCGAGGAGCGAACCUCCUCCUUGCCAGAUGCCUCCAUCCCGGAUUCCCCGAGCCCCCAGCCGCCGCCGCCACCGCCGCCACCACCAUCAUCAUCACCACCGCCCCCGCCCCCGCCCCUGCCACCGUCGGAGCACAGAAAAGCUGGUGACCCGCGAGGCGGGGAAGGCUCGGGGAGCCAGGCCUGCGAGGCCCUGACCUCCUCGCUGAGCUUGGACUAUCCUGCGCUGGUGAAACGGAACUCGGAGUUGGCCGAGGCGCUGCACGUGCUGGCCCGCCGCUGCUCGGUCCUGAGCGAGGAGAACAGCCAGUUGCGGCGCGCCGGCGUCCCGGACCAGGCGGACGAGAAGGUGAAGCAGCUCAAGGUGAAGAACGCGAAAUUGAGUGGCCUGGCGCGGCGCCUGGAGGACCGCGCCCGCAAGCUGCAGGAGACCAACUUGCGAGCGAUGAGCGCGCCCGUGCCGGGUGAGAGCCGCGCAGACCUGGGGCUGUGCCAGGCCUUCGUGCGCCAGUGCACCCGGGACCUGGCAGAGCAGGCGAGCGCGCUGCAGGCCAAGGACAAGCAGAUCGAGGAGCUGCGGCAGGAGUGCCACCAGCUGCAGGCGCGCUUUGCCUCCGGCCUCGCCAGCUCCCCGCUCCCUGGAGGCGGCGCCCCUGGCACACAGUUGCUCAGUGUCAGCGACUUGGACCGGCUGCUGCGCGAAUCCCAGCGGGAGGUGUUGCGCCUGCAAAGGCAGCUGACGGUGCAACAGGGCCAGGGCGGCGCCCGGGCCCAGGCGGGCGUCCAGAGCGCACCCUGCGAGGAGGCGCGGCGCCAGGUGCAGGAGCUGGAGUGCGAGCUGGGCGCGCGGCGGCGCGAGUGCGAGGAGCUGGGAGCGCAGGCGGCAGCUGCGCGGCGACGAGGCGACGAGGCCGAGGCGCAGCUAGAGGCGGCGCUGCGCGAGGGCGCUUGGCUGGCGGAGGAGAACGCGCGGCUGCAGGCCCAGGCCGACUGUGUGCGGAAGGUGGAGGCCGAGAACAGCGACGUGCGCGGGCAGCUGGGCCGCGCGUGCCAGGAGCGCAACGCCGCGGGUCUGCUGGCGGAGCAGCUGCUUCAGCAGGCGGCGCGCGGGCAGGACAGGCAGCAGCAGCUGCAGCACGACCUGAAGAAUGCCCUGCGGGACCUCCAGGCUGCCCGGGAGGAGAUUCGGGCACUGCAGUGUCAGCCCCAGGAGGCCACCCAAGUCCCUAAGUCCCAAGCCAGGGGCAGCAGAAGGCCCAAGCACCAACCAGGGCUUGAAGACCAAGCACUCUCCCCGCCCAGCAGGGACAAGCAGAACAGGGAAGCCUCACCGCCAGAGAGCCAAGUUGCCCUUGGGAAGCCAGCCAGUGAUCCCCAAGUACCAACCAGAGUCCCUGCUGACUGGCCUCCAAACUCUAGGCCCCAGGCCAGGAAAGCCAGCUCUAACUCCUCCUCAGAGAUGGAGUCCGUGUGGGCCACUGUGCCAUCCUGCCCUAAUCUGGACUUGGACACAGCAAGCGAGGUGGAUGACCUGGAGCUGGACAAUGUGUCCCCUACCCUGGACAUAGGGGGCUUAGAGGCCCACACCACCUCCAAGCUCAAGAUCUUCCUGGCUCGAUAUAGCUACAACCCAUUUGAGGGGCCUAAUGAGCACCCCAAGGGGGAGCUGCCCCUCACAGCUGGGAACUAUCUGUACAUCUUUGGGGACAUGGAUGAGGAUGGCUUCUAUAAGGGGGAGCUUGAGGAUGGCCCACAGGGGCUGGUGCCCUCCAACCUGGUGGAGCAGGUCCCAAACAGUGACAUUCUGGACUGCCUCCCCUCCAAGUCCCCCAACCUUGACCCCAUUUCACUCCCAGCAGGGCAGGGCAGAGCUUCACAGGAAGACACGAGUCUCAGCUUGUUACCUGGGAAAAGCCAGGCUGCGGCAGACACGGGGUCAUACCCGGUGACCAAGGUGGGCUCCAAGACAGAAGUGGCAGUGGGGAUCGUGGAUGCCACGAUGGAAGCCUAUCGACUGGGAUUGCUGCAGCAUGUGGGGGAACCUGGCUUUUCCAGAGCCCUUCUAGGGUGCAGGGGGCCCCUCUGUGUGGCCCCCAUGCAACUAGGCCUGCAGAGUGUCACAGCCACAUCUGUCGAGAUCACCUGGGUCUGCAGCAGCAGCAGUCACCCCCACAUGGUGUACCUGGAUGACCAGGAGCACGCGCUGACCCCAGCAGGUGUGAGCUGCUACACCUUUCACAGCCUGUGUCCUGCUACCAGAUACCAGGCACGGGUGGAGGUACAGUUGCCAUGGGACUUGCUGCAGCUACCCUGGGAAACCAUGUCCUCCACCAUCACCUUUGCCACGCCCUUGGCUGGACCCCCUGACCCUCCACUGGAUGUAUUGGUGGAGCACCACUCCUCACCAGGCCUCUUUGUGGUCAGCUGGCUCCCUGUGACCAUCGACUCAGCUGGGUCCUCCAAUGGGGUCCAGGUCACAGGCUAUGCUGUGUAUGCUGAUGGGCUCAAGAUUGCGGAAGUGGCUGAUGCCACCGCUGGGAGCACCCUGCUGGACUUUUCACGGCUGCAGGUACCCUUGACAUGCCAGAAGGUCUCAGUUAGAACCAUGUCCCUUUGUGGUGAGUCCCUAGAUUCGGUGCCAGCCCAAAUUCCAGCGGACUGUUUUACCUGCCACCGAUUGCACAAGACCUCUCCCUUUGACUACACCUUUGGCGACCCAUCUACCUGCAGAGUCACCUUCCCUGUCUGCGCUCAGAAUCCAUCACUAGCUCCUCUGAGUGCCAAGGCCAAUCCCCACGCCCCCAGAAGCUGUGGGGGGCCGCAGGUGGAGUUUCUAGGAGCAUUCCCUGAAGAACCCCCAAGGAGGUGGUCCCCAGUGCCCACACUGAGUUCAGAAGGACAGUGUCCAUGUUCGGGGGCCAGCAGCCAAGCCCAGGGGCCCCGAGAGGCCUGGGAGGUCUGCAGGAAGGACCUGCUCUUCCAGAAGAGUGUCCAGGACCACAGGCAGCCACUACCCGGCAGCCAGGCUGUGGGGGAAGAAAAUCACUACCAGGACAUGGGCACCAGCAAAACCCUGGCUCCAGGACGCAUGCAUCCCUCUCCUGAGUGUGGGUCGAUGAAAACGCUGUGUCAGUGCAACGCUUCCCUGGAGAAGGCCCUCAGGCAAAAGCAAGAUGCCCAGAUAUCUGGCCCUGCCCAGCAAGGUGCCAGCCAGCAGUAUGUAUCUGACUGCCACAAAAUGUUGGAGGAGAAGGAAGUGUGUGUCCACGCAUGGGGCGCAAAGCCGCAAGGGCAGAGGGAGGCACUCAGGACUCAGAGUGGGCAAGGACAGGCAUUGGGGGGCAAGCAACAGCACCAGAUCCAUGAGCCGAGUUCGGUGCUGUGUCCAGCUCUGUCCAGCAAAGUCAUUGAGAUGUCUAGGGUUGACCCCACAUGGCUGGGGCAGGAGUCGGACUCUCCAGCCAGGGUCUUCGUGGCCCUCUUUGAUUACGACCCCCUAGUGAUGUCUGCCAACCCUCAGGCUGCAGAGGAGAAGCUGGCCUUUCAGAAAGGGCAGCUGCUGAGGGUGUGGGGGUCUCAAGACCCCAAUGGCUUCUACCGAGGAGAGUGUGGUGGGCAGGUGGGCAACAUCCCUGGGCACCUGGUGGCCGAGUCAAAGGCGGGUGUGGAAUGGACCAAUGGGAGGCGACAUCUGCUGGCUCAAGGGCACUUGAGCUCUGUGGGCUCCUUCCCCAUGGCUCAAAGGAACCCCAGGAGACUCCCAUCAUGGACCCCAAAGACCAUGAUGGCAGCUCUGGACUAUGACCCCAGAGACAGGCAAGCAGAGGGCCGGGCAAAGGACAAAUUGGCUCUGAGAGCAGGGGACAUGGUCACAGUCUACGGGCCUGUGGAUGACCAGGGAUUCUACUAUGGGGAGUCAGGAGGCCACUGGGGCCUGGUUCCAGCCCACCUCCUGGAUUACAUGUCCUUCCACACGGAGUGAGUGAAGAUCCAGUCAGGGUAGAGCCUCUGGCUCCCCACUCCCAGGCCAAGAAGACAGCAAGCACUUGGACCUUUACACUCCCCCCCAUAGUCUCCAUCAGCAGCAUCUGCCCCAAGUGCCACAGUUCAAACCGA